CUAUAAGCUUCUUAACAAUUGGCCUUGUUUGGGUGGUGACCUUUACAUGCCUCACACAUCAUAUUAUACAGGAAGUAGGGUCUUAUCUGAACAGUCACCACACCAGUACUGACAUUCUGUCCAGUCCAUAGCCAACGCCAUUUGAUUCCCAAUGUUAACAGAUAGCUAUGGACUUUGUUUUUACUGAGUAUAUAUACAUAUAUAUGAUUAAAUGUCAGCUGACAGCCUGAAGUUGUUACAUAUAUGACUAAACUUAUAUCCGACCAGGCAAGUAAUUAGGUCAGACAUGAUGGGAUGCUACUGCUGAUGUUAAUGUUUCCAAAUUCAAUCAGCUUGUGAUAAAGAGUUUUUAAUACUAUAAUAGGGAAGUACAGUUUCAAUUGGACAGAAAAACAUGACUGGUCCAAGAUGGAUAAUGCACCUAGGAGACUUUGCGAAUAUGCUGAAGGCGUUCAUUGGUUCUAACUACCUAGGUGUGGCCUUUGCAUUUAAACAGAGUGGGUUGGUGCUGGGAGUAAUCUCUCUCCUAAUCAUAGCCGGUCUCACUGAUCACUGUUGUCAUCUGAUAGUCAAGACCAAGUACCAUGCUAUGAGAGUAAUUUUAGGUCAGUUUAAAGUAAAGAGACAACUUUCACAAAGCUCUGACCGGUACCAGGCCGGCAACCGCCUCGACUGCAGUGGAUACAGCUUCAACGGAGAGACCACUGACAGUGACGGUGACCAUCCACACACAAAUGGCGUUGACAGGGACCUCCCAAAUGUGGACAUCGAAGUGAAUGAUUUGGCCAAGUUGGAGCACCACAUGAUGAAACACAUGUCAUACGGUGACGUCGGUAGACUGAGCUUCGGAAAGAGUGGCCUCUUUGUCGUCAACCUCUUCAUUGGCACCACCCAGUUCUGUUUCUGUGUUGCCUACUUCAUAUUCAUUGGGAACACAAUCCAUAAGUUGUUUCCACUAUUCGUGGAUUGUCACAAUGUUACAGUGAACAGUACCUUUACCUACCCUGUAUCCAUACCCACUACAACCUUGGCCUCAAUGCCACACCUACACAACGGCGGAGUCCGUGCCGCAGGGUUUACUGGUCUGAAUAUGACAACAAUGGAGUUAAUCACAACAAAGAAAUUCACCAUUCCAGAGAGUAAUUUAUCCACAUCAAGUCUAACUACAAGUACAUUACCAUCCAACAUCACAUUGGCACCAACAGUGUCACCACAGAAUAUGUCCACAACACCAGCAGAAAACACCACAAAACCAUGGAAGCGACUAUGUCAGGAUAAAAGCACCGCUCCUGACCUGAAGCUUUUGGUGCUGACUCCCCUACCGCUCUUCCUCAUCUUUGCUCUGAUUCGUAGCAUACGUAACUUAAGCUGGAUCAGUGUCGUUGCCAAUGUAUCUAUACUGGGGGGAUGUAUAGCGGUCUUCCUCUACAUGAUUGUCAAUUUCAGUGUAGGCGACUUUAUGUAUGCAAAUUUUGCGGGAUUGCCUGUGUUUUUCGGAAUGGUCACAGCAGCAUUUGAAGGCAUAGGACUUGUGAUACCAGUGGAGUCGAGUAUGGAGGGAAACAGACACAACUUCAACAGUUUCCUCCAUGGGGCAGUGGGGGUACUAACUCUCAUCCUCGGCACGUUCGGUGUUAUGGGGUACAUCAUGUUUGGUAAUGAUGUGCAGCAAAUGCUUAACCUCAACAUUCCCUCUACAGAAUGGGUAUCCUUCGCUGUCAAUGUCGGUGUGUGUGUGGGAGUACUACUCACAUUCCCUCUACAGAUCUACCCAGUCAUUGAACUGAUAGAAAUCAUCCUCUUCAGUGAAGGAAGUAUAUGUGGACCUAGACGUAGAAUGGACCGACUGUUACAAGAGGAAGAUACAGAAGAAUCAUUAUUGCCACAUGCUGCAGAUAAAUUGCCCAUCACAGUAGCGGUACACAUCCCUGAUGUUGUGCCUGCAUGGAAGAGGAACAUUGUACGGAUUUUAGUUGUAGGAGCAGCUGUCUGUCUUGCAGUCGUUUUCAGGGCCAGCUUUGCUUACAUUGGGGGAUUUACAGGAGCUGUUGGAAGUUCUGCACUAGCAUUUGUUCUACCGUGUAUAUUCCAUCUAAAGUUGUGCUCUAAAGAUUUAUCAUACGGGGUGAUUUUAAAAGAUAUACUCAUCAUAGUGUUUGGUUGUGGAGCUAGUUGUGUCAGCCUUAUUUAUGUUGUCAAAGCACUUGUCAGCAAAACCUCUGUAUGACGUUUCCAUGCUAGAAUUUAUCAUUAUACAAAGUGUUAAUCACGUUCACCAUGCAUCAUGCUAGAAUUUAUAAUUCUACAAAAUCUAUAUCAUGUUCACAAUAAAUCAUGCAAGAAUUUUUAAUUCUACAAAAUCUAUAUCCUGUUCAUCAUGCAUCAUGCUAGAAUUUAUAAUUCUACAAAAUCUAUAUCAUGUUCACAACACAUCAAGCUAGAAUUUAUAAUCCUACAAAAUCUAUAUCAUGUUCACAAUAAAUCAUGCUAGAAUUUAUAAUCCUACAAAAUCUAUAUCAUGUUCACAACACAUCAAGCUAGAAUUUAUAAUCCUACAAAAUCUAUAUCAUGUUUACAACACAUCAAGCUAGAAUUUUGUAAUUCUACAAAAUCUAUAUCAUGUUCACAACACAUCAAGCCAGAAUUUAUAAUUCUACAAAAUCUAUAUCAUGUUCACUAUAAUACAUCAUGCUAGAAUUUACAAUUCCUCAUGAUUAUAAAAAAAAUUAUAUCAUGUUCACAAUACAGCAUACACAGCUAAUGUCUCUCAAAUACGUUUAUUAUCUCUGGAAAAACAUGUUUGUAAAAUGAAGAACUGACCAAUUAUGAAUUUCUGUCUCUGCAUUUGUGCAAUUGUUUUAAUCUCAUACAUUCGAUAUAUUUACGAUACAUAAAUACAAUAAACAUGUAAUAUAAGAACUGGAGGCAGCUUCUCAAUACUUUCUGCUUCCUUUGAAGAUCUGAAGGGAAAGAAACAAAAAUUCAGUGAAUCCAUGUCCCUAUACUAUAAGAUAGUGAUUUUUUUAAGAAUAAAAAAGAAAAUAAGAUUAUGUGAUUGUACAAAAGGUUUCCACCGUUUAUAAGUGUACUAGGAGAUGCAAUCGUUCACAAGUGUACAAGGGAUUCAAAGGGUAUUUAAGUAAAAAGGCAUUUAACAAUGGAUAUGUGUACAAGGGAUUUCAAUGGUUUAGUUAAUAAGUUCUUGCUUUUAGUGGUUAUAGAAACAUUGAUGAAUUUCAUGUUAACUGAUUGUUUAUAUCCAAUUUUAAUUUCACUUUGGAAUUAAGUGAAAAGUCCUUUUUUUAUUUUCUGGUAGAGGUUAAAGACAAUGUUCUUACAUGUACUACAGGCCUGUAUAUCAAAUCGAUAGACUCUCAUAUUUUUUUCAUUUUAAACUCUUAAGAAUGUAAGCAUGAAGGAAAGAUAACAUGAAUUAUUUUUUGAUAUGAAAAGACACUAUUUUUUUUGUGAAAAAGAAAACGAAGGACAAGGGACCGUAUACAUCCCGCUAUAAUAUAUAUAUAGCCCGAAACAUUUUUGCCUUUUGUUUCAUACAUACUGUCAAAACAAUUUUGCCUUUUGUUCAUACAUACUGUCAAAACUAUUUGUUUUUGGUUCAUACAUACUGUCAAAACAAUUUGUUUUUGGAUUAAUGUAUUGUUUAUUGUGACAUUAUCAUAUUUCCAAAGAUAUUUUGGUCACCUAUUUUUGACAUAAUCAUUGUGUGGUUUUGGAUGUAACUAUAUAAACUAUUGAAAUGACAACAGUAAACCAUCUUUCCCUGAAGUGCUUUAAUAUAUAAGCAGAAUUUGUUGGGAACCUGCCUUCAUUUAUAGACGUAAUACAUGUUUACAAUACAUACCAUGUAUACAUGUUUACAUAUUCAAUCUGAUUAGUUACCAUGGUAUAAAUAUGUCUGUCCUCAAAUCUUUGAAAUCUGUGAAACAACAUCUGGAGAUUUCUAUCUCUUGCUAUAAACAUGUUUAUAUGAUUUUUUUGCAUUUCAAUGUUCACCUGUUGGUACAAAGAUCUCAUGAUACAUGUUGGUGUGCUUUAUUAUUGCUGUCAUAAUUUAUGAGUUGAAGUGUGUCUACUUUGUUAACAUUGAUAUAUCCACAUAUUUAGAUCAUCAAAUAUAAUUUCUGUCUGAAAUGUGACAUUAUGGUGCCAGCAUAAUCAAUACACUGCAUAUAAUGUUUACCAUGUAAAUUUUGUCCCAUAUUAUACCCUCCAGUUGUAUAAUAAUGGGAUAUACCAGUCACUUAAUAAUGUAAAGGCAAACACAGAUAUUAUCUAUAAUGUGAUUGGGCUAUUACACUGAUUUAUGGUAAUAUGUUGUUGCUAUUUUUGUAGAGUUUAUAUCAGUGAUCUGUUGUCAGUUGUGUGAUUUAUGUGUAUCACAUGGAGUCAUGCAGCCCUUUUGCAAUAUGAGGACACAUAGAAUCAGCUCACUGGUUCUUAAAGACACAUGCAAUUGGCCCGCCAUUACUGAAAGGAUUAAAAGCUAAUAUAUGUACAUCGGUUAUAAAUGCAACGAAAAUAUAUAUCUAGAUAUAUUUUUAUUUUCCUCCACAAUUUCUCAAGUUUUACAUUCCAUUUGCUUACAAAUCAAAGCUGUACAAUUAUUUGUAUGUACAUUGAACUAGCAUUUUAUAACCAUACUGUGACACAAGGUGUGUUUUUUGUAUUUCUGUUAUAAUAAUUAGGAUUACAUAUUGUUUCUGGUUAAUAUGUGUAAAAAGUUUAAAGUUGUGAAUUGUGUUUUAGAUUGUUUCACUGUUAUUUUCUAAUUCAUGAAAAUUGCAUUUCAAACUGAUGAAAAAAGACAAACUUAUAAUUUAGAUUAUAAAUUUACAAUCCAAUUUCUCCAUGUGAAACUGGCAUUUUAGCAGUUUGCAUUGCACUGGUUGUAAGCAUAAUGAUGUUACCAACACCAACUGUUGUACUGUAAUUUUGGUAUGAUCAGAAGUUUUGUUAUACCAGGGCUGCAACAAUACGCACACCUCACGGCCGGGUACGAUGGGUAUCAUGGUAUAAUGCUUACGAUCACGAUACACAUAUCUGCUCACAGGUCAAUUUCAUAAUUAUUGAGUGCAGGAUUUUACAGAUUUGUCAGGUUAUUUAUAUAUGUAUAGUAAAUUGCUGUCAAAAGAUACUAUCAUAAUAGUACUUUUGCACAGAGGGCCAUAAAAAAAAAGAUUAUUUUAGUACUGUUAGUGUAUCGCAAUGCAGGCAAAGAAAAUUAUUCGAAAUGAUACAUAAGAAAGUAUCACAAUAUGAUACAGUACCAUAUAUUGUUGCAGCCCUUUAGUUCAUACUUAUUGAUAUACAUGUACAAAACAAAACAGUGAUGUGUAUCCAAGAUGGCGGACAUUUGUGAACAGGGGGGUUGCUCGCAAUUAAGCCCCCUCCCAACUUUUGGCCCAUCUUUUUUCUCAGGAGGGGUGGGGGGGGGGGGGGGCGGCUUAUUUGCGGUAAAAUACGGUAUCUAGGCUGUUAAGACAGGUGACACGUUGUGCUUGGUACAACUAUGACAUUUUCACCCUGUGGGUUGUACUGUCUCUACUUCAAUAGGUUACGACUAUAAUUAUAGUGUGUACAGAUUUAUCAGAUACAUUUAAGGAAUGAAUUCUGUGGUUAUUACAAAAGAGUGCACUUAGGGUUAUUUUGGUGUUUACCUCCAUAACCUACAACUUAUUUGUUCUUUUUUAUUUAAUUCCUCACCAAAAAAUUUAAACUUAAUUAUAUUAUCAAACCGUUUUGUCAAAAAGAAUUAUUUCAAUAACAGAGAAAUAUCAUAGAAAGUAAAUAUUUAAACCAACUGCUUGCAUUACCGUAUAACAUGAAAUAUUCCUUGUGUGUAAAUAUUCAUGGUUUUCAUGUUUGCUAUGGAGCCACAAAAAUAAAUGCAACAAAUUUGAUUAAUAUCCAUAAAUACUGUUUUUCUUAUACAAAGUAUCAACGAAACUAAUAACCAAGAAUAUUUCAUGUUAUACAUGUACAGUAUCUCAAGAACCAGAAUUGUAAUGUCAGCCCAGGUAACCUCAAACAUCAGAAAUAGCCAAGCCCUGAUUGUUUUUAUAUAAUUAAUAAUAAUAAUUAUUAUUAUUGUUGUCACCUCCGGAGUGAUGCCGUGUGAAGUUCCUGCUCGUUAAUGUGAUUCUUCAUAAUUCUGUCACCCCUGAAUAUAAUUCCUUUUGUCAUCCCCAAGCGUAUGAAAGAUACCUGUAUCUCCAACCUGUGUAUGAAAGAUACCUGUAUCUCCCACCUG